UGCGGCGGGCCGCUGCCGGCAGACGGGCACAGUUCAUCAGCACAUCCACCACCGCCGCCGCCGCUGCUGACAUGAAGGUCCUGGUGCUAGUGUGCGCUCUGGUGUGCUACGCCGCGGCCAGACCCGGCUACCUAGGCUUGGGGCUGCCCUACGGCCUUUCCUACGGCGUCCCCGGCGCCGUGUCCGCCGCGGGGCUACCUGCCGACACGCCGGAGGUGGCGGCUGCCAAAUCGCGCAUCCUGGCCAUCCAGGCUGCCGAGGCGGCGCGCAACGCCCAGGGAGUCCCCGUAGUUCCGGCGCCCGCCGCUGCACCCGGCGCCGGUCUCGCAGCCUACGGGCCGGCCAACAUCGUCAUUGGACCUGGUGGCGUUCCCCUGGACACCCCUGAGGUAAGACAAUCGCUCCCGACUCCAGUUAAGCAGAAACCAAAACGAACACAGAUGUGACGUUCAUUUUCCUUU